AUGAUCAGUUUGUUAACACAUCCUGAUGGAUUGAGAUUUGAGAACGUUUAUCUGUACUGCAAGUCGCUGUACCAACCCAAGUACAAAUAUUUACGAGAACUACUAACACCGCUUCGCGAAAUAGGGUAUUAUGAAUACAGUGAAGAUGCAAACAUUGCGAGACCAGAAAACAUUAAACCAAACUCCGUAAUAAUUUUUGACGACGUUUCAUCAUGUAAUCAGAAUAUAAUAAGACAAUAUUUCAGUUUUGGACGACAUCGUAAUACAGACUGUUUCUAUCUUUGUCAAACGUAUACUGCCGCACCCAAACAUAAUUUAAAGGAUAACAUAAACCUACUCAUACUAUUUCCUCAAGACAAUUUGAAUCUGAAACAUAUCUAUGAUGAUCAUAUCAGCCUAGACAUCAACAUAAAUUUGUAACUUGUUGUAACUAUACUCUGUGCAAAUCUUAGGGUAGUACUUAUAUAACAUCGAAGGUAGACAGAUGGAU